AUGCCUCCCCAAGGUACCCGAAAGGCUGCCAGAUCGUCUGCAGAGCUUCAAUCGACAAGCAACAAACGAGACCUCGAAGAGGAGCCUGAAUUACUUACUCCGCGGCGGCAAUCAAAACGUAUCAAAUCGACCGAACAGCUUCGAGGCACCCCAGCUAGUCCCCAACCGAAGGUUUCAAGAGCGCAAACCAAAAGCGAGGGUCAACUUGUGCAGGAAGAAACAAUAAAGGUUCAGAAUCAGCCUCAAAAUUCCACUACCACAACGAAGGAAAAGAUUGAGGAACAGGUGGAACAGGACUCCUCCGUUAAAGUCAAGGAUGAGGUAGACGAAGAAGCUACAGUCACAACAAAAACCCCCAAGAAGAGAAAGACAAAGAAGGAACAACAAGCCGAAAUCAUGCCAUUGAGGGCCCGUACCCAGGGUCUGCGCAUGUUUGUCGGAGCUCAUGUGAGCGCGGCAGGAGGUGUGUUUAAUGCUGUGAGUAAUAGCAAGCACAUUGGCGGCAAUGCUUUCGCCCUUUUCUUGAAAUCUCAGAGGAAAUGGGACAACCCUCCUCUUCAGGAUGAACACAGAGACAAUUUUCUCCAGCUUUGCAAGGACAAUGAUUAUGACGCAGCAAAAUAUGUUCUGCCUCACGGUUCGUACCUGGUAAAUUUGGCGCAAGAAGACAAAGCAAAAGCAAAGCAGGCCUAUGACUCGUUCUUAGACGACCUGCGCCGCUGCGAAGCCCUUGGCAUUCAACUGUACAACUUCCAUCCCGGGAGCGCAAACAAAACCCCAUUCCCCAGUGCACUCGCGCGGCUUGCAAAAUCUUUAACCAACGCGCUCUCGGCUACAUCAACGGUCGUACCCGUCCUGGAGACAAUGUGCGGCCAUGGCUCAACAAUCGGAGGUUCCUUCUCAGAAUUCCGCGAUCUCCUCGCUUUAAUACCAAAAGAAUUCCACCACCGCAUCGGAAUCUGCAUAGAUACAUGCCAUAGCUUCGCCGCAGGAUACGAUCUUGUCACACCAGCCGGCUUCCAGGCGUUUCUGAAAGAAUUCGAAGAACUAAUCGGCAUCCAGCAUCUCCGUGCCCUCCACCUUAACGACUCCAAAGCACCCGGCGGAAGCAAGCGUGACUUACACGCCAACAUCGGAACAGGCUUUCUAGGCCUAAGAGCCUUUCACAACGUCAUGAAUGAACCUCGCUUUGAGGGUAUACCCAUGAUCUUAGAAACUCCAAUUGACCGGGUACCGGUCACUAGCGGAGUUAAAGAGGAGAAAGAAGAAGCCAGCGAUGACGAAGCCAAACCAAAGAAACAAACCAAAAAACCGGCCGCAGCGAAAAGCAAAACACAGCCAGUCCCCGAUUUCUCCGUCUGGGCUAAGGAAAUAGAGCUCCUCGAAUCCCUAAUCGGCAUGGACCCCGAUAGCUCAGAAUUUCGUACACUAGAAGCCCGACUCUCCGAGGAAGGGCGAGAAACACGCGAAAAACACAUGGAACAGUAUAAACGCAAGCUCGAGACCGAGGAGAAGAAGAAGGCCAAGGGUGAAGGGAAGCAGAAAAAGCUCAUGGAAAUGAUGAAUAAUAGCAAGGGGAGGGGUAAAGCGAGCGCGAAGAAGGAUGAUGUUGAGAGUGAGGAUGAGGGAUGUCAGAGCUGUUAA